UAGUCCCUCAAGUACAAGGCCCUCCCAUACAGGAUCAGGUAAACAGCUCCAGCAGUUGGCUUGUCCGCGCCUCUGUCCAGCACUCUCUUGGGAACUAAGGCUUGCAAAGUUACGUCCUAGCUUUGUGCUGACGCCUUCGCUACGGUUGCGAGUUUGGUGCGGGGUUCCUGGAGGCGGGUGCGAAGGAAAAAAGAGGAGAGUGGCCUCGCAAUCCUCGGAAGAGGGACCCGAACCCCCUCGCUUGGUGGAAGCAGAAGCAUUGGAGGAUCUUGGCGGAGGGACUGGGACGCAGUUUGAGCGCGGACCGGAGCUGGUCUGGGAGCAGACUGCGAGAUCGGAACAGACGGCCUGGACAGGGCUUUCAUGGUUGCUGUGUCCAAAGACUGCAAGUGUCUGUGUCCGAAGACUAGGAGUGUUUGGAUUUGUGAUUGCGACUGUCCAAAGGGCCGUUACAGAAGCUCUACCAAGGAGCUGACUGCAUAGUGUUUUGAGUGGAGACUUUACAGCCACGCCAUGACCAUGAAUAUCCUUUCACUCUCAUGACUCUACACUGUUCUUCUCUCAAGUCUAUCUCUGGUACCAUCUGUGUGUUUCCAAGGGCAAAACCCAAAACAAGCAACAUACAAGCAUCAUGAGUGAAUAUGUGGAUUUGGUGUCAUUUGAGGAUGUCACUGUGAACUUCACCUGGGAGGAGUGGCAGAAUCUCGAUGCCGCACAGAGGACUCUGUACAGGAAUGUCAUGCUGGAGACCUACAGCAGCCUGCUGUCUCUGGGGCAAUACAUCCCUAAACCUGAGUUGAUCUUCAAAUUGGAACAGGGAGCAGAGCCAUGGACAGCAGAAGACCCUGCAAACCAGAGUCUUUCAGGCUUCUGCAAUGUGGACGGCAAAGUUGACACCAACCGGAAGACUCAACAGAGACAUUUGUGGCAAGUUAGUGCCAAUAGUCAUGAUAGGGCAAGUGAAAAAAAAGGUGGAUUAGAAAACACAUUGUAUUUAUGCUCCAUGAACAUUUCAAAUUUUGUUGUAAAUCACAGAAACUGUUCAGAAGUGAAGCCUGAGGAGGUGAAUGGAUAUCAAAAUACAUGUCUUCCUUCGGAGCCUCAUGAAACAUGUACUGUAGAGCAAUAUAAUGACUCUUAUGUAGUAGGGAAAUCCCUCAGAUGUCCUGAGCAGUUAGGUCAACAUUCCAAGAUUCAAACUGGACAGCAGAAUUUUGAAUAUAGUGGAGAAGGGAAAGAUGCAAAGGAGGCAAAACUAUUGAAAAAAAUUACUCCAUCUAAGAGACUUCAAAUGGGACUGACUUCCUGUAAGCAUAAUGAAUAUGAACAAGUUUCUGUUAAGUCAAAUGUCAUGACUAAGGUAGGGAAGGCAACGUUCAGUAAAAAGUGUAACCCCACUAAACACCAAACAACAUUCUCAGGGAGCAAAUCUUGUACAUGCCUUGAAAGAAAGAAAACAUUUACUAGCAAAUUAGACCUUAGAGUUAAUCAGAGGACACAUAACCAGAAAAAAGCUCAUGUGUGCAUUCAGUGUGAGAAACACUUUAGCACUAAAUCUUCCCUUACUAUUCAUCAGAGGAUUCACACAGGAGAAAAGCCCUAUAGAUGCAGUGAAUGUGAUAAAACCUUCAGGCAAAAGUCAGCCCUCAUUGUACAUGAGAGGACUCAUACUGGGGAGAAACCCUUUGAAUGUUGUGAGUGCGGUAAAGCCUUCCAACAUAAGUGGUACCUCAAAAUGCACCAGAGAACUCACACUGGUGAGAAACCGUACGAAUGUAAAGAAUGCGGAAGAGCCUUUCUGAAGAAGUCAUACCUCAAAAUGCAUCAGGGAACUCACAAGAGUGAUAAACCAUAUGAAUGUGAAAAAUGUGGAAAAACUUUCCAUAACAGGUCAUACUUCAACAUGCAUCAUAGAACACACACUGGUGAGAAGCCCUAUGCAUGCAAUGAGUGUGGAAAAGCCUUUUACCAAAAGUCAGACCUCAGGAGGCAUCAGAAGAUCCACAACAGUGAGAAAUUACAUGAAUGUAAAGAGUGUGGAAAAGCCUUUCAAAAUAAGUCAUACCUCAAAACUCAUCAGAAAGUUCACACAGGUGAAAAACCAUAUGAAUGUAAAGAGUGUGGAAAAGCAUUUCAAAACAAGUCAUAUCUCAACAAGCAUCAGAUAAUUCAUACAGGCGAGAAGCCCUAUGAAUGCAAUAAAUGUGGGAAAACCUUUCAGUGGAAGUUAGUCCUCAGUAAGCAUCAUAGAAUUCACACUGGUGAAAAGCCCUAUGAAUGCAUUCAGUGUGGGAAAAUGUUUGGCUAUAAAUCAUCCCUUAUUGUACAUGAGUUGAUUCAUUCUGGGGAGAAACCCUAUGAGUGUAAUGUAUGUAGAAAAACCUUUUCCCAGAAAUCAAACCUAAGUCGGCAUCAAAAAACUCACAGUCAUGGGGAGCUAUGAUGAUGAUGGGUACAGAAAGACAUUUGCCUGACAUUUAGGCCUCAGAAUAAACCAUGUACUCCAAGAAUCCAUUUAAGAGUGAGUAGUAUAGGUGUUCUUUCUAUAAAACAAAUCUCAGUUUACAGGAGAGAACACACCCGGGUUGAGAAAGUUUAGGAAUUAUUGAAUGAAUGUGAAGGAAGUUUCACCAGAACUUGCACUUAAGCAGUUGUAAGGAAACUCACACAGGAGAGAAUUUUUAUAAAUGUAAUACAUGUGGAAAAAUGUUUUACUAGAGGUCAAAAUUCAGUGUGCAUCUAAGUAUUUAUGUAGGAGAAACAUGAAUCUCAAGAAUAUAAGAGUUGUAACCAUGUGUUUUCUUUGAUAUAGCUGAGAUAACUCAUAUUGAAGAGAAUAUCAAUGCCAUGAAUGUGGAAAAUACUUCUAUAACAUAAUUUAGAAACAAAUUGUGAAUAUAAUUAAUGUUGGAGAUCAUUUUGACCUCAUUCAUGCCUUAAUAUUCAUGAGAAAGUCGACAUGAGAAAAACCUCUUUAAGAAAUAUAAUCAUUAGAAAACUGCCUGGAAGUCACACCUUGUUAAAUAUGAGAUCAUCCUGUGAGGAGAAUCUCUGUGAAUGGGGUCGUUGUGGCAACGUUCUGCUAGCAGUUUCCCCCAGCAUGCAUCAGAGAACUCACUUGAGAAAAGAAAGCUUCUAAUGUUGAAAACCUAUUAACUACCUAUCACACCUCAGCAGCGAUCAGACAGCACAGUCUAAGGGAAGUCUUACAGUGUGGAAGAACAUGGUUAGAAAUCAGCCUCCACUUGUUGCCAUCACAAGUUAAGUGAGCUACUCUUAGGUCAUGAACCCUAGUGCUUUUAGACUUGGCAAUCUGAAGAAUAGCAGGCAGUUUUUUCCAGUUUCUGUGUCAUGUCAGAGUGAGGUGCAUGUUACCCCAAGGAUAUCUUUGCAAAAGUUGGUGAGAGAUAUUUUCUGGGAUUUAAGAUUUGUUUGAAGAAAACAUCUUUCUCCUUUAUUUCUCUUUUAUAUGUCUGGUACAUUAGUGAGAAAUAAAUGUCUGUAAUGUUUA